AUGGCCCCCAAAGUUUCUUACACUUGUUCAUCCAUGUUCUUUCUCCUUCUCUCCCUCUCUUCUCUCUACAUUUCCCAUGCACAUUACCCACAAAGUAGUGAAGAAAACAGACCUUCACCCCUCAGUUUCUUGACCAAACUGAUCGACACAACCCACAAAGGGCACGAGGCCGACGGCCUAAGUGAGCUGAAGAAGUACCUCGCCAAUCUUGGCUACAUAGACCACACCAACCCCACAAUUCAAACACACUUGAAUGAUGAUGUCUUUGACGAUACGUUAGAGACGGCCGUCAGGAAGUAUCAAGAAUUCUACAACCUUCAAAUCACGGGACGUCUCGAUAAAGAAACCGUGAAACAAUUGCAAGAACCACGUUGCGGGUUACCUGAUUUCCACCCCAACGCAAACCUCACGUCGUUUGUCCAUAACUGGACCGGCGCUCUCUACACGUAUCUUGGGACGACAUGGCCGCCUGGCAAACGAAACCUCACGUUUUCAUACCCGGAGAGUUUUAGAGACGAUGCUAAGCUCCCAAUGGCGCUUGCAUUCGGCAGAUGGAUAACUGUUUCGCCAUUCAACUUUGAGUAUAGGUCUGACUUCGGUUCAGCUGAUGUAAAAGUGAGCUUCGAGACAAGGGAUCAUGGAGACGGGUCCCCUUUCGAUGGGCCUAACGGGAUUCUGGCUCACGCGUUCUGGCCGACGGACGGGAGGAUGCACUUUGAUGCGGAGGAGAACUGGACGCCAUACGUUGCCAAAGGGUCGUACGAUCUGCAGACUGUUGGGUUGCAUGAGUUAGGACACAUUCUGGGGCUGGGGCAUAGCCAGGAUCCGAAGGCAUCUAUGUUUGCUUAUUUUCAACCUGGGGAAAGAAGGGAUUUGAAUGAGGAUGAUAUUCGAGGAAUCCAGACUUUGUACCCCAACUAA